CUUUACUCUACCUGACUUGUUUGUUGCCGUCUUCGUGUUGUCCUUCUGUAGAAUCUGUGACGUGACAAUGGGACUGAGCUUUGUGCGAGCUGGAGGCAUCGCUCUUUUUCUCGGCCUAGGCCAAGGUCUAGGCCAGGGUCUAGGCGUAGGCCUAGGCCUAAGCCUAGGCAUCAUAUACCAGUUAUACCAGACAACGAGGACAGGUCAAAAUAAAUCUAAAAAUGUUAAACUCUCUGUGUAUGAACAGCGCAUUGUCACUCACCAGGUUGACCCGCGGACCAUGCAGAUCACAUGGAGGGAUAUCGCAGGUCUGGAGGAGGUGAUCAACGAGCUAAAGGAGAAAAUGAUCUUCCCCGUUCAGAAAAGACAUCUGUUCAGGAAAUCCCGGCUGCUGCAGCCGCCCAAAGGUGUGCUGCUGUAUGGACCCCCAGGAUGUGGUAAAACACUCAUCGCCAAGGCAACAGCAAAAGAGGCGGGCUUUGCUUUCAUCAACUUGAAGCCGAGCACGCUGACAGAUAAAUGGUACGGAGAGUCCCAGAAACUGACUGCUGCUGUGUUCUCACUGGCCUCCAAACUGGGCCCAACAAUCAUCUUCAUCGACGAGAUAGAUUCCUUUCUGAGGAGUCGAUCCAGCAGAGAUCAUGAAGUCACAGCUAUGAUGAAGGCUCAGUUUAUGAGUUUGUGGGAUGGACUCGAAACAGACCACCAGUGCCAGGUGAUCAUUAUGGGAGCCACCAAUCGUCCUGAGGACAUAGACCCUGCCAUCUUGAGGAGGAUGCCCACCAAGAUCCACAUCAAGCUGCCUAACAUUGAGCAGUGCAAGCAGAUAGUCAGACUGAUCCUGGAGAAUGAGACGGUGGAUCCACUGACUAACCUCAGCCACAUCGCCAGGGAAACUGAAGGUUUCUCAGGAAGUGACCUCAAAGAGAUUUGUCGUGAGGCAGCACUGCUGUGUGUCCGAGAAAUCAUGGAUUCUGACACCCUUUCAGAUGACUGCAUCCGUCCAAUUAGUCAGGAUGACCUCCAGAAGGCCACAACAAAGAUGAAGGAGUCCAAGAGUCCGGGUGGCCUGACACUGGAUGAGGCAUUGUCAUACUAUUCAUAAUGAGGAAAGAGAGAGUGCGAUUCCACUGAGAGGAUCAGCAUCUGAACCAGCAUGUUGAUCAUGAAGACUCCAGCCUGUACAUAAAUGAUUAAAUCAUCUCUUUUUAAUAUUUAUUCAACUGUAUUCUAAGCACCAGCUCUCUGUUAGAAUUUUUGGAGUUUACUCAAAAAUAAAAUCAGAGUAACAUCUGAUUUGUGUGGGGUGGAUUUAUUUAUUUGGUCCUUUAAUUGUAAAACACUU